CGAAAUCCACCCCCCGCGUCUGCUGCCGCCUUCGCCUACUUUAAUUUUGACUGCGUAACGCCCUGCAUCGUCCCGUCACCGAGAAAUUGCAUAUCCGUUCUCCGUGGUUUCGUCAAACGCCUUUGAUCGACUGUUCCGCCUUGCAGCUCUGCAUUUGUUUGUUCCGUGAUCCUCUCUCGUCCCAUCUCGUGACUCUCCCCCUCCCCCCCCGUCAACAAUGGCCGACAACGUCUCCGCUGCGACCGCUACCACUCUCCCUCCUCCUCCCCAAUCUUCCACUGUUGCCUCCAACCAGCAGUACGAUGCGUCUCAGGGCAACGGCCAAGCCAAUCCUUCCCACAUGCCACCACCUCCCCGCCCGCCCGUGGUGAUCCCUCAAAACACCAAUCCGAUCCCGACCGCUAUCACAUCGCCGAUGUCUGGCAAUAUGAUGUCUCCGACCAGCGCUGGUGGCUUUGUGCGUCGGGCAGCCCCUGAGCCAAACAAGAGGGCCCUUUAUGUCGGUGGCCUUGAUCCUCGAGUGACUGAGGAUAUCUUGAAACAAAUCUUUGAGACUACCGGUCAUGUUGUUAGCGUCAAGAUCAUCCCCGACAAGAACUCACAGAAGUUCAACAGCAAGGGCUACAACUACGGCUUUGUCGAGUUUGAUGACCCCGGUGCUGCUGAGAGAGCUAUGCAGACACUCAACGGGCGCCGUAUCCAUCAGUCGGAGAUUCGUGUCAACUGGGCCUACCAAUCCAACAAUACGAACAAGGAGGACACGUCGGGCCAUUUCCACAUCUUCGUUGGUGAUCUGAGCAAUGAAGUCAACGACGAGGUGCUGAUGCAGGCCUUCUCUGCCUUCGGCUCCGUAUCGGAGGCUCGCGUCAUGUGGGAUAUGAAGACUGGUCGCUCCCGAGGCUAUGGUUUCGUUGCAUUCCGUGACCGCUCCGAUGCCGAGAAGGCUUUGAACUCCAUGGAUGGAGAAUGGCUGGGCUCUCGUGCGAUCCGUUGCAACUGGGCCAACCAGAAGGGCCAACCUUCGAUCUCUCAGCAGCAGGCCAUGGCCGCAAUGGGCAUGACGCCUGCUACGCAAUAUGGCCACCACAACUUUCCUACCCACGGCAUUCAGAGCUACGACAUGGUCGUCUCACAGACCGCGCAGUGGCAGACCACGUGCUACGUGGGCAACUUGACCCCUUACACCACGCAGAAUGACCUGGUGCCACUCUUCCAGAACUUCGGCUACGUGCUCGAGACUCGUCUGCAGGCGGACCGUGGAUUUGCUUUCAUCAAGAUGGACUCGCAUGAAAAUGCUGCCAUGGCUAUCUGUCAACUCAAUGGUUACAACGUCAACGGACGCCCUCUGAAGUGCAGCUGGGGCAAGGAUCGUCCUCCUACUGGCCAGUUCGACAACUUCUCUGGCCAGCAGGCCAGCUCACCCUUCAACUCUAGUCCCACUCCGUACUUUCCUCAGUACGGCGGUCCUGGGGGACCCAUGACCCCUCAAGGUAGCUCGUUUGCGCCCUAGUGUGGGGUUUCCCGCUAACUCUCUGGCUCCAGGCCCCAACCCAGCCGGUAGAGGAUGGGACCAAUCCGGAAUGGGUGGUCAAGGCUAUGGCCAAGUUCCUGGUAACGCAGGAUACGGCCGCGGCCAAGGUGCCCCAGCCUCUGGGUGGAACCAGCCAAACAACGCCAAUUUUGGCAAUGGCUUCGGUGGCUAUCAAGCGUAGCCUCUUCUCGAUAUAUGCUGUCGCCUGCCCCACACGCACUGGUAGUCGGCGGUCUGUACCGGCAAAAGCGUUAAGCAUCAACCCUUUCCUCUCCUUCCUCCUUUCUUCUAAUACUUUACAUUUCACCUGUUUCUGUCUUUCCAUCAUUCAACACUGCUUUUCUUUUUCUCUCUUCUCUUCUCUUGUCUUCUUUCUUUUCU